UUACCCCUCCUCCUCCUCCUCCUCCUCCUCCUCCUCCUCCUCCUCCUCCUCCAGCUCCGAUCACCACGACCUCCACGCUGCAGGGGUGUUUUUUAUAUUCACAAAGAAGAAUCUUUUCUGCAGAAAAACAAAAAAACAAAAAAACAAAAAAGACAGGAAAACAGAAAACUGGACAUGAGAUGCGACUUGUUUCUGCCGGAGGAUCGAAGGGAAACUAGAUAAGACCUGUUGGCGAUGAUGAAUUACUCCAAGGGGCAAAUGUCCAGCCUAUCGGAGGAGGCAGCUGGGUGUCCACCAUCCAGUGCUGCUGGGGUGAAGCUGGAGGCAGUGAUGGAGCAUCUACAGAGACAACAAGAAGCCAAGACGGAGAUGAACCUGCAGGAAAAACAUCUGCUUCAAGCUCAGCUGCUGUUUGCUCAACAAGCCGCCGCUGCAGCGAGAGCCUCCGGAUCCAGACAAGACUCAGCGUUAUUUGGGAAAGCCCAGCAAGCUUUGGCCAACCAUCUGAGAAGAAUGGAUCCAGAGGAGGACGAGGAUGAUGAAGACUCAGAUGAGGAGUUAUUAGAGCCCGAAGACAACAAUGAGGAGAAAGAUGGAGAGGAUGAGGAGGAGGAAGAGGAUGAGGAGCAGGCAAAAGGGCCUAAACUGCAGCAGGGUUCAGGCUUCCCCUUCCAACGUUAUUCUACGUCUCCAACAGCUGCUGUGGAGCGAAUGCCUGAAUUUCCACCUUCAGCGAUAAAGGAGGAGCGCGAGGAGAAGAACCUGAUGUCUCAUGCAGGGCAGCAUGGCGUCUCAUCACCCAGUGACUUUGCUGACUGGAGCUAUGAUGAGCAUUUUAAACAGAGAGGAGGUGCAGUCUGGGCCGACGAGAGUGACGGAGGAAAAGUGAGAGGAGAACCUUCCAGGGACUUUGCCAAGCUUUAUGAACUGGAUAAUGACCCACAGCGGAAGGAAUUUCUUGAUGAACUCUUUGUCUUUAUGCAGAAACGAGGAACUCCUGUGAACCGCAUCCCCAUCAUGGCAAAACAGGUGCUGGACUUGUACCGGCUUUUCAAGCUUGUGACGGAGAAAGGAGGCCUGGUGGAGGUUAUUAACAAGAAGAUCUGGAGGGAGAUCACCAAAGGUCUCAAUCUCCCCACAUCCAUCACCAGCGCAGCCUUCACCCUCCGUACCCAAUACAUGAAGUACUUGUACCCAUUUGAGUGUGAGAAGAAAGGUCUGAGUUCUCCAGGUGAGCUGCAGGCAGCCGUUGACAGCAACCGCAGAGAAGGUCGUCGUCCCAGUUACGCUAACAGCCUGUACCGCUACUCUUCCUCCCCGAGCUCUGCUCCCCGUGCACUGCUGUCUUCACCCACGAUGCAAACCACCCCGACCACACACAACGGCCUGAAUACAUCCGCUAGUCCAAACUUAAAGAGAGGCACAGAGGAGACCUCCACCCCUGGACUUCCCCGGCUGCCGAUGGCUCUGGCACUGGGGCAGCAGCAGCAGCAGCAGCUGGCACAAGCUGCCACACUGGAGCAUCUCAGAGAGAGGCUGGAGCGAGGAGCAGCUGCAGCUUCAGCUGACGGUCCAGACAAGAAAAUGAUGCGACUGGCGGAGGAGCAGCAGCGCCUCAUGCAGCAGGCUCUUCAACAGAACCUCCUGGCUAUGGCCUCACACUUUAACCCCAUGAAUCUCAAACUUAAGAAUGGGCACGAAAGCAAACAGGAUUUAUCAUUGAACAUCUCUACUAAUGGACCUGCCAGUAUCAGCGUUUCUGUGGAGGUCAAUGGCACCAUUUACUCAGGAACUCUGCUUGCCCAGAAGUCAUCUGCUCCUGUGUCGUCACAAACCGUGACUCAGGCGGGAACAAGUGGUUUCAGUGCCCUUUCCUCCUCACACAGUCCCUCGUCUUCAUCUUCAACCUCCUCAAAAGGACCAAAUUAAGGUUCACUGGCUUUUAAAUCUGUUUUGAUUAAAAGAAUGACACACAAUAUACCUCUCUUGUCAGACAAGAAUUGUAUAAACUCCAGGGAAAAUCUGCUGCAAAACUGAAGCUACACAAUUUCUUGAGCAUCGUCUUUCUGUUACUUUAACGUGCUUGAAAUGAUUUUUGUGCUUGAAAUGAUGUUUGGCCUCAAAGCUUCCACACCAACCACAACAUAGAUUCAGAUCACAGUUACCUUAGUGCCUGUUAGAAGACUUUUUAAAUGUAGUGGUGUUCUUGUCUAAAGGGCUUAACCAGGUUUGUUCAGAAGUGUCUUUAGAACAGAAAGUUGCAUGAUGAGAAUCAGUGCUGCGCCUCUGUAGGCGUCAGUUACAUUUAUAGCUAAUUAUCCAAUAUGUAGCUGCCUUUCAGUAGUCAUCAGUAGAACAAUGUAGUUUCUGAAGUGCAGCUAAUGAAGACCAAAAAGCCUUAGUGCAGUGUCGUAGCUCCUGUCUGUAACCGUUUGCUGAAGCCAUUUUGUAUUUCCUUUGGUAAACAUUUGGUUCUACUUUUAAUAGCAGCUUUCAGGGAGUGUGGAUGCCAUCUGUUUCCACAGAAAUGUUACGUCUCCUAAAGAAUCAAUUGGUAUUUAAAAGAAACUGGACGCAUAUUUGUUGGAAUUGUUUAUUGUUGUGCUUUAUUUUACUUUUUCAUUUUUUUUUAUCAUUUGGCUUGGCGUCAAAAUUACACAACAUUUAUUUAAUGUCAGCUGUGAAUCAAAGGCAGAAUUUGAGAGGCGAUGUUUCUGCUGGGAGCCAUAUGUACAGUUGAAGUGAUACAACAUUUACCUCAAUUGACUUCCCACAGCGGUAAGUUUCUCAGACUUCUUACUUUUGGACUCAGGAAUGUCCUCUGGACUUGUUACUGUUAGACUAUAUCUCAUAAUAUAUUGCUGUGUUAUAUUUGUAUAAAUACAGAGAAUGUGUUUUGAUGAACUCAGUGCUACCUCAUUCUUCUAGAAAAAUAUGCAAUGCUUACUGCAGCAUGUGUUCAGCUGGUCAUCAGCUAAUAUCAAUCUGUAUGUGGACAAUCAAGUAGACAUGUCACUGAAAACAAAUGCCACUGUGAACUUAACAAAUGUAACGGUUGACAAUUAGGCGACGUUGGACUCUAUUCUGGUCUUUGAUUAACGUAUUGCUUGGAUAUGUAGCCAUGAGGAAUUAAACAAUCUUGUGUGCUGGAAA